UAGGCUCUGCCAAAAUAUUUUUUUGUUUUUCAUCAUCAAUUUUACUGUUGAAAUCGUUGAAUAUACGAUAAAGUGCAUACGUCACACAUGGACUACGUGAAAUCUGAAUGACAUUAGCUGUUAGCCAGUGUUGCUGGCAAUCAACAGCAUCACAAGUACCUAGUGUUGUUAAAUAAAACAAGUGUUUUUAAUAAGCAUGUGAGAUCGUUAAAACUGGAGAUGAACUGUAUUCAAAUACUUCGUAGGGAUUACCUAAGACCUGUCAAUUUAAUAUUGAAGGCGAAAUACUCUCGUAGGUCGGCGAAAAGCACGAGUUCAUAUAAAUUAAUGAAAUCAGAUGGAAUUAAUGCAGAUAUCGAAAAUAAUGAGUUCGAUGCAAAUCCAAAUUGGGAGCUGUUUGGACCCAGGGGGUUCAGGUUCUACCUGCCAGGUAGCACGGGCCCAGGAUGGCUGGAUCAAUCCACGACAGCUCAAGUUGAAACACGUUCAGUUGUGAUAUGCAGUGAUGAGGACGAGAGUGAUAAGGCAGAGAGAGAUCUCAGGACAAGUAGGAAUAAUGAUCAGGCUCCUGUUCUACAUUGUGUGGCGCAGGAGUGUCCGAUGUUACUGAGAAAGGGAAUUCUGGAGUUGUUUCCUGGUUGUGUGGAAGCUGCGUCACCACAGCUCACUAUUGUCACGAUUACGCAGAAACUCAACCCCAGGAUGGUUAGGUGGAGCAAAGAAAUUGAGACUGAGAGAUUAGCGAAAUUUUUCCUGCUGGCAGCCUCUGACAUAUGCACGAAGCUGAAAAUGUUCGGAUACUGGGCAGAUUUUAUAAACCCAUUCAGCGGACAGCCCUAUCUCAAUCCCCACAAAAACGGUACACUCUAUAAAACUGACGAGCGUUUCCGAUGCCUGGGAUUUAAAGUCGAUAAACAAAACUCAUGCAAACUCAUAUCGUACGAAAAUAGUGGAUCACAGUUCAUUGGAAGCCUCUACACCACUGCCCCAUCGAGUACUGAAUUCCUUCGUGAUGUGAUGCAAGGCCUAUCCGAUCACUGACGAAGGUACUUCUUUCAUUGAACGCUCUUGGAAAACAGUGAACAGCAAUAGGAGUGUAUAAAUUAUUUUUCUGGAUUCAAAAAAAAAACAAUAACCCGCAAAAUGUAACCUCUAACUGAACUAAUAAUGCGUUAUCCUGCCAGAGCAAUAUAUAUUUGGGAAUUAGACCGAAAACAUUGAAUUUUCCACCGAUUGCAGUACUUUUUUAGGAGAUUCAAGAACUACGAGGAUUUCUGCCCGAAGGAUUUAAUUUUAUAAACUUCGCCUGAAUUUGAAUCUCGAUAAAGGAUCGUUGAAGACUAUUUUCCAAAUCUAGAGAACUUCAAACCUUCAAUUUUAGAGGAUGAUCCAUAAAGUAAUAAACUUGCAAUAAAAAAACGAAUAUUUUCUUUAAAAAUAUUAAGUUUUCAAAGGUUUGGGCAAUUUUAAAUAUUUAUUUAUAAACACCGAAUACUUAAAGAAAAAUAAUUAUGUGUAGAGAGUAAUCUAAUAGACGUUGAAUAUUCGUUAUUUUUUAAAAAUUAUUCUGAGUGAAAAUGGUCGAAUCAAAUCGGAAGACACUUAAGAAUCCCUGGAGUGACUCCAUUACAUAGAGACGUUAGCUAACUUUAAUUCUCCUCCCCACAACGUUCAAAUAAAACUUUAUCUCGAAUGAUAUUGGACAUGACAAUCCUGGGCUAGCGUCAAUGUAAUCGUAAUCACAUCCUCAAGACCAUAACAAUAAUACCUCAGAUAUUCAUUUUAUCUCCAUGAGACGUUGGGCACUAGGAUUUUAUUGAUCCAAUGUGUAUUCGAUAGUAUUGCCAACCAAUUGAAGGCAGACAGGCAAUGUUGGCUUGUGAACGGCGUCGGUUUUCAUUCGUGAAAUUCAAUUUCAACGGGGAGAGACAGUAAAAAAAUAAAAUUGCUAUUGAAUGAGAAAUAAAAGACAGUUGUAAAAGAGACAA